AUGUUGCCGCUGUCUAUAAAGGACGAUGAAUACAAGCCGCCCAAAUUCAAUGUCGUCAGGAAAGUGUCCGGCUGGAUCAGGUCAAUCUUCUCCGAUUCUACAUCAAGAAAUUUAUUCUGCUUUCUUUGCUUGAAUUUAUCCUUUGCUUUUGUGGAACUCUUUUAUGGAAUAUGGAGCAACAGCUUAGGCUUGAUCUCGGAUUCCUUCCAUAUGUUUUUCGACUGUACAGCAUUGUUAGCUGGCCUAGCUGCUUCUGUAAUAUCAAGGUGGAAAACAAAUGAAGCUUUCUCAUAUGGGUACGUCCGGGCAGAGGUCCUGGCAGGUUUUGUGAAUGGUCUUUUCCUGAUCUUCACAGCAUUUUUCAUCUUCUCAGAAGGGGUGGAGCGAGCUUUGGAUACCCCAGAGGUCCAUCAUGAACGGCUGCUUCCUGUGUCCAUCCUUGGAUUCCUAGUAAAUGUCAUUGGAAUAUUUGUAUUCCAACAUGGUGGAAAUCACCAUGGCCAUUCACAUGAAGGAGGUCAUGGACACAGUCAUUCGUUAUUUAAUGGCUCCUUAAGCCAUGGACACAGCCAUAGUGGGGGUCAUGGGCAUAGUCAUGGUCACAGCCAUGGAAGUGAGCAUGGACAUGGACAUGAGCAUGAGCAUGGACAUAGCCAUAAACAUGGACACCAUUUUGGCUCCUGUGAUGAACCUCCUUUGGAGACUAGAGGGUCUAGCAAGCAGAUUUUAGAAGGUGUAUUUUUGCACAUUGUUGCAGACACACUGGGCAGCAUAGGGGUGAUCAUCUCUACACUUCUAAUGCAGCACUACGGAUGGAUGAUUGCAGAUCCUAUUUGCUCUAUGCUUAUUGCUUUGCUCAUUUUCGUUAGUGUUAUACCUUUACUCAAACAGUCGAUUGGUAUCCUUAUGCAAAGAACUCCUCCCGUUUUGGAUUCCGUGCUUCCUGAGUGUUACCAGAGGGUGCAACAGUUACAGGGUGUUUACCACCUUCAUGACCCUCAUUUCUGGACCCUUUGCACAGAUGUUUAUGUCGGCACUCUGAAGCUGGUAGUGGGGCCUGAGGCUGAUACCCGUUGGAUUCUCAGUCAAACUCAUAAUAUUUUUACACAGGCUGGCAUUAGGCAGCUGUAUGUACAGAUAGACUCCGCAGCAAUGUAA